CGGUCCAGGCCAGCCCAGGCCGGUCAGUCUCCCGGCCCCGACCGAUGGCGUCUUCGACGACGGCUGGCUCCUUCCAGACGCCCGGCCCACGACAUCUUCUGUCGUCGUGGGACAUGGAUCGAGCUGAUGAUUUGGGUUGCUCUUCGGCAGUGCAUCGGCCGCGGUCGAUCGGGAUGAGGCGCACCCUCUGACGCAGAUCGGUGUCAUUCUCGUAGCAAUUCUUGGGGUUUGGGAUGGUUCGUGGUCUGAUGCGGUUGUGGCAAGAGUAGCGCCUGGACUAGGGCAACAUGAGUAUUGAACCCUUUCGACGACUAGUGAAGCUUGUCGCUAGAGCUUUCUACGAUGAGGAAAUUCCGCCUAAGGGAGCUAACCGUAGCAAGUCGGACAAGUCGGAUAAUAGGGGAAUUGCUGUCGUUAUCCUCGACGCUCUGACGAGGAGACAGUGGGUGAAAGAGGAGGAUUUGGCGAGGGACUUACGAUUACAUCCCAAACAAUUACGGCGGACCUUGAGAGUCUUAGAAGAAGAGCUCUUGAUUUUAAGGGAACACCGUCGUGAGACUGUGAAAGGUGCGAAAGUGUACAAUGCCGCUAUAGCUGCUGUUAGUGAACAACCAAGCGAGCGAGAGGGUGAAGAGAAGCCGAAAGUUCACACUCAUUCGUACUGCUGCUUAGACUAUGCUCAGGUGUUUGAUAUCGUUCGUUAUCGAAUACAUCGCUCUAAAAAAAAGAUCAAAGAUGAGUUGGAAGACAGGAAUACAGUACAGGAGUACAUAUGUCCGGCUGCUUCUUGUGGACGUCGCUACUCCGCACUGGACGCUUUGAGGUUGAUCAAUGUCUUCGACGGGAACUUUCAUUGUGAACUCUGUGAUGGGGAGCUCGUGGCUGAAAGCGACAAGCUGGCAGCGGCGGAACUUGGUGAUGGAGAUGGAGAAGAAAAUGCUCGGCGGCGGAGAAGAGAGAAGCUCAAGGAGCUUUAUGAGAAAUUGGAGAAACAAUUGAAGCCUCUGCAGGAUCAGUUGACUCGAGUGAAAGAUUUGGCUCCUCCUGAUUUUGGUAGCUUGGAGGCGUGGGAAAAGAGAGCAAUCGCCGCGGGAAGAAUACCUGGCAACGAUGCAUCCACUAGUGACUUGCCCAAGCCGUCACAUGGACAAGGCCCGUCUGGAACUCCCAUGCCUUUCCUGGGAGAAACGAAGGUAGAAGUGGCACUGGCCGGCGGUGACACUAAGAAAGAUGAAGGUAAAGAAGAAGCAGCUCAGCUCAAGGUGCUACCUCCAUGGAUGAUCAGGCAGGGCAUGACACUUACGGCCUCUCAGAGAGGAGAAGCAAAGUCUGAGGUGAAGACUGAAGAUGGAGCAUCACUUGCGGGGCCUGAUACAAAGGACGUAAAACCUGCUGAAGAAGAUAAGGAAGAGCAAGCGCGCAAGAUUCAGGAGGAAUACCUGAAAGCAUACUACGCCGCGCUCUUGGCUCGACAACAAGGAGCCGAGCAGCCAACUGCACAGCCAGAGCCGGUGGAAACUGGGGCAGAAGCUGCUGAUGGUGUUGAAGAAACUGGAGAGAGGCAAGUGGGAAUGAAGGCCAAGAGGGAAGAUGGUGACGAGGGUGAAGCAGAGGAGGAUGAAGACGUCGAAUGGGAACAUGCUGCAGCGGCAGAACCUGUCGAACCUGUUGUGGCUUCACAGGACUCUCAGUUCAGCAAUGUUGGCGAUCCUGAUCCAGCUCCCGAUCCCGGUGGUGAAUUUGAUGACGACGAUGAUGUUGAUUGGGAGGAAGGCUGAUAAGAUGUCACAAAUGCCGGCGUCGUGGUUUUUCUCCUGGUUUGUCUGUCGGAGGGAGGACGAAGUUUUGCAUCUGAUGUGUUACUUGAGCAAAUCAAACUGGAGGAUUUUUGUUACGUUUCAUUCCAGUUUAGGUCUCAAGCUCGGGGAAAGUCAAGUAGGCAACGAAGUUGCCUUGCGGAGUGGUAAAGUCGUGAUGAGGUCUGGCCAUGCUCAUGAUCAUCUUUCCCCUGAAACCCUCAUUUUUCGUGUGCAGCUGUCAUGAGGUUCGAGUGGCAGCUCUCCUACUGUGAGGAUGUGAGGGAGAAGGAUGUCUGCGUGUGUCUUAAGAAAAUAGUCACCAAGUGUAAAAAAGGAAAAAAAUUUGUUGACUGAAUUGAUAAUGCCGUAUCACCUGAUCUUUGGAUUUGCCUUCUCAAUAGGAGGACGAGAAUCUGGAUUUGUAGAAAACAACUACUAGUGUAAAAUGAGGGAGUAGUGUAGUGUGGUUCGCUCAAGGACCAAAUUAUUUCGUGCUAGGUAAGAUCUGAUGUCAACCAAGCAGCUCUUUACCUAAGUGGAAGCUAUUUCCAUAUAUGAUACGAACUAUAUACGGCGUUAGUAUGCGAGGUACGUGGUAGCCAGUAGAGGAGAUUCAAUUGUACAACAUGUCUGAGUCGUUGUGGACGUUUGAUCAUCGAUUGUUCCUGCAACUUUCCACGCCUUUUAACGUGGACGUUGUGUCCAAGGUGUUUGUCUAUGUUAAACUUGAAGUGAACAUAUUGUUCCUUAGUUACACUGCCGACGGCAGAGUUUCAAUUGAAGACCUCGGGUAGAGUGACAUCAUUAGCGCAUCUUUCGAAACAGGUGUAGUCAAGAUGGACUGAUUGAUAGUUUUCAUGUGUUGCAUGAAUGGAAGAAUUUAGCAACAGCUUCUUACGAGCCUGUUUUGGAACUGAAACUCAAUGGAUCAAGUUUCUCAGGAAUUUCCUUUGCGAACGACGA